CGGACUCCCCCCAAAGGCCCAAACUUCCCGGACAAUUUUCCCACCUUUUCAUUUUUCCUCUUUUCCACAAUCUCCCAUUCAAAAACUCCCUCCUCUUUCUUUUUUCCUUCACACUCACACAAUCUGAAUGAGUGAAUCCCUAAUUUCAUUCAAAUGCUUCUUUCUUGGUCUCUGUGUGUGUGUGUGUGAAAUCGAUCGAUCGAUCGAUUUUGAAAACCUCAGAAGAUGACGAUUGAAAUGCCAAAAGGGCUUCCAUUCUCAGUGGAUACAUGGUCUCCUAAUUCGAAGAAGAAACGACAUCAUUUCCUCACUCACGCCCACAAAGACCAUUCUCAAGGAAUUCUCUCACACGCUUCCUUUCCUAUUUAUUGCACCAUUCUCACCAAAACCCUUGUUCUCAACUCUUAUCCACAGCUCGAUGAAGGGUUAUUUAUUGGAAUCGAAGUGGGGCAAACCCUUGUUAUUAAUGAUCCGUAUGGGGAUUUCGUGGUGUCUGCUUUUGAUGCAAAUCAUUGCCCAGGGGCUGUGAUGUUUCUUUUUGAAGGCAGUUUUGGAAGCAUUCUACACACAGGAGAUUGCAGGCUUACUCCCGCGUGUUUACUAAGCUUACCAGAGAAGUACCUAGGCAAGGAAGGGAAAAGUCCCAAAUGUCAGUUAGAUUAUAUAUUCUUGGACUGCACAUUUGGUAGGUCUCCUUUGAGAAUGCCCAGCAGGCAAUUAGCUGUCCAGCAGGUUAUAAAUUGCAUAUGGAAACACCUCGAUGCACCCAGAGUUUACCUAACUUGUGACCUUCUUGGCCAGGAAGACAUACUCGUAGAGGUGUCCAAAACAUUUGGAUCUAAAAUAUACGUUGAUAAAGUUAAGAAUCCUGAAUAUUUUCAGGCCCUGGAAUUCAUAGUUCCAGACAUUCUUACACAAGAUUCAUCUUCUCGUUUCCAUCUUUUUGAUGGAUUCCCUCAACUAAAUGAAAGAGCAGAAGCUAAGAUUGCCGAGGCUCGUGCUAAUUUUUUGCAGGAUCCUCUCAUUAUUCGUCCAUCUGCACAGUGGUAUGCAUGUGAAAACGGUUUCUUUGAGGGUGAAAACCGAAGGAAAGGAAAAUGUGACCAAGCUAUUAGAGACACGUCGAGUAUUUGGCAUGUCUGUUACUCGAUACACUCAUCCAGAGAAGAACUGGAGUGGGCACUGCAGCUCCUUGUGCCAAAGUGGGUCAUUUCAACAACUCCUAGUUGCAGGGCUAUAAAGCUGGAUUAUGUCAAGAAGCAUUGCUUGAAAAGUGGAGCCACUUCAGACAAUUCUCUAUGGAAACUUAUGGACAUUAAUUCGGAGCAAGCUUCUGCUCCAAAAGUAUCAGUGGAGUGUUCCUGUAGGUCGUCUCCUUUAAAAACAGCCGUAGCAAAUGAUUUAAAACCUUUGACACAGUCAAUCACUCAAUCAACAAGACAGGUAAAGUUCUUCGAACUGUCACCAACAAGCAGAAAAUCUUCCAUCACAUUAUUUGGGAAAGCACGAAUUCAUACUCAAGGUUCUGCUCAUGACCUUGAGAAAAAAUUACUGUUGAAAGAAGACGCUAAUUCUUUACAGAAAGAACUUAAAGUUGCUUCAUCGUCUGUAGUGGAAACUAUUGAAGGGGAAUGCAUGAAGACAUCUGAGGAGGAAGUGGUAAAACAGGAAACUGAAUUCUACAAGUCCAGAGAGAGAGGGAAACCAACUUAUGAUUCCUCCGUUAGAUCACCAAACAAGAGCUAUAAUGACAGCUUAAGAACCUUCUACAGGUCCAUGAAUGUCUCAGUACCACAGCCUCUCCCAUCUUUAGUGGACCUCAUGAAAGCGAGUAAGCGAAAAUUUCUUAUUUGAAGUAUUGCCAUAUUGUGGGAAAGACAGUUGUAUCACAUGGAAUGGUACACUAAGAAAGGUACGCGGGAAGUCAUGAUUAUACGGGUUCCUUUAGAUUUUGUGCAUUAUUUUCAAAUAUAUCGGAACUGCAGAGAAGAUUCUGUUCACUAGGGUACCUUUGCACAGCGCAAGUUUGGUGUACAGAAGAAUUUGAAAUUUGCAGAGUGAACACCAAGCAAACUUUAUGAUACUGCAGCAUUUCUUUGUAACCAGAAAAUUGUACUUAUAUACUCCGAUACAACAUUUUUUUUCCUUUUAAAUUGGAUGUUUUUAAUGAGAAUCGAACCUCAACCUUUUAAUAAUAAUUAUCAAAAAUCCUAAUCCG